GGGAAUGAAUGCACUCUGGUCUUAACCACGAAGCAUCAGGCUGCUUUUUUUACUAGCCGGAGAGCCCAACCACCCUGCUUUGCAAAUAUGUCAUUAUCUGUUAAGGAGAAAAACCAUAUCAGGCUGGUAUUCUUAGGAGCAGCAGGUGUGGGAAAAACAGCUCUGAUCCAUCGAUUUUUACAGGAUACCUUUGAUCCAAAGCACAGGAGGACAGUGGAAGAGUUACACAGCACAGAAUACGAAACUGCAGAAGGGACUCAAGUGACUAUUGAAAUUCUGGACACCACUGGAAGCUAUGAAUUUCCAGCCAUGAGGAAACUGAGUAUGCGUUGUGGGGAUGCCUUUGCACUGAUCUAUUCUGUAGAUAACCCAGAAUCCUUUGAAAUUGUACAAAGAUUGAGGGAAGAGAUCCUGGAUGCAAAGGAGGAAAAAAGCCCACCUAUGGUGGUGGUUGGCAACAAGAAGGACAACGGUGAUGCCCAGAAGGUCUUCUGGGAUGACGUGAUGGGAAUGGUCGAACUUGAGUGGAACUGUCGUUUGUUGGAGACGUCGGCAAAGGAAAACCUGAACGUGACCGAAGUAUUCAGGGAAUUACUACGAGAAGUCAACCUGCCCUGUCGAUUAAGUCCAGCACUAAGAAAGAGAAGGGAGACCAUUCCCAAUGAACAGAACCCUAAACCUCCAAUGAACAAGACGAACAGCUGUAGCAUCUGUUGA